GUGUUCGAGUCACGUGGCUCGAGUAUCGAGUUCGCAUGAAGCCUUCUUUCUGUUUUGCAUCAGGUUGCUUUGUUAACCUCGUUUAACGAUUCUUGUUUAUCGUUUCCAAAUAACAUUGUUCCCACAGAAAUAUGGCCCGACUAACUCGUUAUGCUCAAGAACGAAUAGUCUUGCUACGUUCUCAACAGGCUAAAGUAGGCGAAAUCGUACAAAAACUUAGCGACGAAGGCAUAUCAACAACCCGACAGACGGUUUCUAGAUUCCUUCGUGUGUCGAGUGAAUGUGCCAAAACCCGUCUCAAUACCGACAGUACGGCGGGAGAAAAACAGACCAGACCGCGAUCGAAGCUUCGAAAAGAACAUUUAGAAUUUAUAAACAAGGAAAUCGAAAAGGAUGACAAGAUGAAUGCACGAGAUCUUCAAGAAAUGCUUCAAGAACAGUUCAACUUAAACGUUUCAGUGACUGCUGUCAAACGGGCUAGAAAACAAUUGGGUUGGGUAAGAACGGGCCCUAGGAAUGUGAAAGUUCCAAAAGGCCCUUGCCAAGAUCAUGCGACAAUUGUUGCAUGCCUCACGCAUAUCACCGAGCAGCAGCAACUCAUUAAUCAAAAAAUAGACCGACUGGAGAACCGAUUUGUGCUCCUUCAGCAAUUUCCAAACGCGUACCAGUUGUUUCCAACCACCGCAAGCGUCUCCAAUCCCCAAAACGUUCCCAGCUCUUCGGCUAUUCCUAGCCAUUCGGAACACACAAACCCCCCAGGCGUUGUUCCCAACCCCACAACCGCAGUAAGCGUCCAGAAUCACCCCCCUUGUGGUAACGACAUUGCCCCACUGAUAGCACCCCUGCCCUCGACGAGUGAACAAACUACCAUGCUGACUUUGACCAACGUGAACGAGGAAACAAACUCAGUUCCAGAUAGCUUCAGUAUAUUGGCCAACAUUUAUAAUCUGACAACGAACGACCUCUACGCACUGUCUCGCAAGUCGUCGUCAAUCGGAAAUUUUUCCGUGAAGCUUUUGAACAUCAUGUUCCGGCCCGACGAGCUGCAGGGAAGAAAUUGUAAUGGAAAGCUCGGCAAGCUUCCACUCGACGCAUCUAGGCUGUCGGUCAUCAGGGAAGCCGUCUAUCAUAUUUACUCAGUUCCUGACAUAUCGAAAACCGAUAUAUGGAAGAAAUGCGUCAUAGCGAUCGACGAAUCGAUACGAAGACCGAAGUCUAAAACGCCCAAGAAACGCCCUGUGUACGUGCAGCUGCCAAGCAUGACAGAUCUCCAUCUUAUUGCAGAACCAACCGACACCUGAUUCUUUUUACAGCUUACUUAAAUUUAAAAAACAGAGACAGUUUGUAACUUGUCGAUUUUAUAAACAAACUACCAAAGGUGUUGUUUAGAUUUUAUUUGAAUGAUUCAACCUGAAGUAAAUGUGUUAUGUAUAAAUAUAAACAAGAACAGAAAUUCAGUAACUUGUGGUAUAACAUCUGCCUAAAAUGGGCAAACCUCCCGACAUUUCAACCUAGACCUUUGGACCAAAAAACAUCGAGAAAUGUCUGUUUUAGGCAGUUGUUAUACCAAAAAAAGUUAUAAUAAUCCGCAACAUUUGAUGAACUGAUUAAGCUGUUAGCUGCAUGGUAGUGACUAGUGGUAUAGUAUGCAGUUAAUAAAUAAAAUAUUCGCAUAUGGGUUUUCAACA